AUGAAUUCCAAAAUGGAGUUCACGGAUCGAGCCAAGAAGGCCUUGGAGGACGCCAUGGCUCUGGCAGAACAAUACGCACACAGUCAACUCCUACCAGUCCACCUGGCUGUGUCUCUCCUUGAGCCUCCUCCAGACCAGUCCAAAGACCAGCAGAAUGGCCCUACAUCCAUCAGCAGCACUCUCAUGCGCCAGGUCAUCGAGCGAGCACAUGGUGACCCACAGCUCUUCGAUCGGUCCCUCAAGAAGACGCUCGUCCGCCUGCCUAGUCAAGACCCACCCCCGGAGAAUGUCUCCAUGGCCCCAACAUUCAACACAGUCCUCCGCAAGGCCACCGAGCUGCAGAAGGUCCAAAAAGACAGUUACAUCGCCGUCGAUCACCUCAUCACAGCACUUGCAGAGGACUCGACCAUAGCUAAUUGCCUGAAGGAGGCAAAUAUCCCCAAGGCAAAGCUCGUCCAAGAUGCAGUUCAGGCAAUUCGUGGCACAAAGCGGGUCGAUUCCAAGACAGCUGACACGGAGGAGGAGUCUGAGAACCUCGCCAAGUUCACCAUCGACAUGACCGCCAUGGCACGGGAAGGUAAAAUCGACCCUGUCAUCGGUCGUGAGGAGGAGAUUAGAAGGGUCGUCCGAAUCCUGUCCCGCCGAACCAAGAACAACCCCGUUCUCAUCGGUGAACCGGGUGUCGGUAAGACAACCGUCGUCGAAGGUCUAGCACAACGGAUCGUCAAUGCCGAUGUGCCCGACAACCUGGCUCAGUGCAAACUGCUCUCGCUCGACGUCGGUGCCUUGGUUGCUGGCAGCAAGUACCGGGGUGAGUUUGAGGAGAGGAUGAAGGGCGUCUUGAAGGAGAUCCAGGAGUCCAAGGACAUGAUUGUACUCUUCGUGGACGAGAUUCACUUGCUCAUGGGCGCCGGAUCUUCAGGGGAGGGAGGCAUGGACGCAGCCAACCUGCUGAAGCCCAUGCUGGCCCGCGGUCAGUUGCACUGUAUCGGUGCCACCACUCUGGCCGAGUACCGCAAGUACAUCGAGAAGGAUGCUGCCUUCGAACGACGUUUCCAACAAGUCAUCGUCAAGGAGCCGUCCAUCCCGGAGACGGUCUCUAUCCUGCGAGGACUGAAGGAGAAGUACGAAGUCCACCACGGUGUCAACAUCGCCGACGCCGCCAUUGUUUCUGCCGCCAACCUUGCGGCUCGGUACCUUACUUCUCGCCGUCUGCCCGAUUCCGCCGUCGAUCUCAUUGACGAGGCAGCAGCAGCUGUGCGGGUGGCGAGGGAGUCUCAGCCAGAAAUUAUCGACAGUCUUGAGCGACGACUGCGACAGCUGAAGAUUGAGAUUCAUGCCCUCACACGCGAGAAGGACGACGCGUCUAAGGCCCGUCUAGCGCAGGCCAAGCAGGAUGCUGCCAACGUUGAGGAUGAGCUGCGCCCUCUGCGCGAGAAAUACGAGAGCGAGAGGAAGCGUGGCAAGGACAUCCAAGAGGCCAAGAUGAAGCUUGACCAACUCAAGGUCAAGAUGGAGGAAGCUAGCCGAAUGGGUGAUCAUGCUCGCGCCGCCGACCUGCAGUACUAUGCCAUCCCCGAGCAGGAAACCAUGAUCAAGCAGCUCGAGAAAGAUAAGGCCGCCGCAGAUGCUGCGUUGCACGCCAAUCCAAUGGAUGGUGGCGGCUCAAUGAUCACCGAUAUCGUCGGACCCGACCAGAUCAAUGAGAUUGUUUCCCGUUGGACCGGCAUCCCAGUCACCCGACUCAAGACCACUGAGAAAGACAAACUGCUCAAGAUGGAGGGUGCUCUUGGCAAGAUCGUUGUCGGCCAAAAGGAGGCUGUACAGGCUGUCUCCAAUGCUAUUCGUCUCCAGCGCUCGGGUCUCAGCAACCCCAACCAACCACCGAGUUUCCUAUUCUGUGGUCCAUCCGGAACAGGCAAGACGCUACUUACCAAAGCCCUUGCUGAGUUCCUAUUCGACGAUCCAAAGGCCAUGAUCCGGUUCGAUAUGUCAGAGUACCAAGAGCGACACGCACUCAGCCGUAUGAUCGGUGCUCCACCAGGGUACGUCGGGCACGACGCAGGUGGCCAACUGACAGAAGCCCUUCGUCGCAAGCCAUUCUCCAUUUUGCUCUUCGAUGAGGUCGAGAAGGCGGCGAAGGAGAUCCUUACCGUCCUCCUGCAACUCAUGGAUGACGGCCGCAUCACCGAUGGCCAAGGACGUGUUGUCGAUGCCCGAAACUGCAUCGUCGUCAUGACUUCUAACCUCGGUGCCGAGUAUCUGGCUCGUCCCAACGCUAAGGACGGAAAGAUCGACCCGACUACUCGAGAGCUUGUCAUGAAUGCCCUGCGCAACUACUUCCUACCUGAGUUUCUCAACCGUAUCAACUCGAUAGUCAUCUUCAACCGCCUCACCAGGAGGGAGAUCCGCAAAAUUGUCGACUUGCGCAUCAGCGAGAUCCAGAAGCGUCUCAACGACAACGACCGAAACGUGCACAUCUCAGUGUCCGACGAAGCCAAGGACUACCUCGGCAACGCCGGGUACUCACCUGCUUAUGGUGCCCGGCCGCUAUCUCGUCUCAUUGAGAAAGAGGUGCUCAACCGGCUCGCCGUGCUCAUUCUGAAGGGCAACAUACAAAACGGCGAGUCUGCUCGUGUUGAGCUGAUUGACAACAAGAUUACUGUCCUUCCAAACCACGGCGACAGCUCAGACUCAGAAGAGAUGUCCGUGGAUGAAGAAGAGGAUGCAGUGGAUGAGAUUGUCGGUGAUGACAUGGAUGAGGACAUCUAUGACUAA